ACCCUCAUCAAUCCGUUCUCAUAAUCUCGACGUACUCUCCAACGGGAGUUUCGAAUCGACGUGCACGCACCACCCUGUCAAAUGUUAACUCCACCCUUGCCGAUUCCAUUUGACGGGGAGGCGAAGCACGACCCCGAUGAUCGGCGCUUCUCGAUCGAGCAUGCCCUCGAGUUGGAGCGUCAGCUCGAUGCAGAGGAUGAAGAUCAGGGGGAGGUCCCAAACACCAAACCGGUUGUACCAACAGUCCUAGAUCCAGAUGUACUCGCAAGCAUAGUGAUCCAACAACGCACUGCGCUCGCCGAACUCACAGAUGAACGAGACGAAUUGGAGAGAGCAUUGGGGAAAGCACACGUCGUUCAAAGUGAGCUGCAUUCACAGCUCAGUCAAGUCAUGGAAAUGUUGGAAUUAGAGAGGCAAAGGGUCUCAACAAUAACACUGGAGUUGGGUGCUGCGAGGGAGAAGGCAACGGAUGAUGCCGAGUCAAUCACGAUGCUGCGAUCCAAGGUGGAAGAGUCAAGACGAGGCGUUAUGAGAUUGCAGUCGGAGAGAGAAAGUCGACGCGUCAGUCAAUUCCAACCAUUACAACUCGAUCUAUCGUCUGCGAGUACCACCGGGACUUCCCGAACCCCAGGCUUUUCAACAUUCUCGAAGCGGGCUUCCGUAAUCUCUACGUCGUCUACGCCUCGCAGCCCCACUUUCAUGGGUCAUCGCCGCGUAUCCUCCCUCUCCGAUCCUGGCAUAACGCCUGAUGCAUCUGAUUACUCGUCAUUCCCUCCUUUCCUUGUACAAACUCCUAGCGACCCACCUACAUCCUCUAUCCCAAAGACGGGUGGGCUGUCACCUCCAUCGUCGAUCUUACCAUCCCUGUCCCCGCCCGUCUUGAUUUCGGAAGAAGAACUCGCUUCUCUGCGAGCAGAACUGAAAACUGUACGACGCGAACUAUCUCAAACAAAAGAGGCGAAGGAGGCGAGCGACAUCGUCCUCCGUGCACUACGGGAGAUGAUGGGCCUCGAUCCCGAGUCCAAGGAGUUACCGAACCCCGAACAAAUCGAGCCACUGAAGGGCCUAAGUCUACCCCCAUUGCCAACGGACGAAUUAAACGAAGAUGCAGAAUCUCUUCUGAAGCCGUCGCCGUCCGCAGAGAAAAAGUCCGCGUCCGGGUGGGGUCUCAGGCUGUGGCGAAGUACCGCAUCGCCUGUUAUGAAGCCAGCAUCUCCAGAUCCAUCGCUGCAAGGAGAUACUUCAUCUGUGGUGACCUUGGAUGCAUCUGUGAGAGACAGCAUAUCCAGCUCGCAGCACGUUGAGGCCCCGGUAAAUUCACAAACAAUACCGCGGUCCUCAUCUCCAAUUCCGCCCUUACCACCACGACAACCCUUAUUCAAAGGCUUCAAUAUUUUCACGACUCCCACCGCACCUCCCGUUCCAGAGAAAGACCUGGUGUUGCCACCUCAACUGACGCAAAUAUUACAAGAAUUGACUGUGGAUGACCUUGUUCAAGAGGAGCUUCAUAUCACUCAGUCGCGGCCUGGUGAUUUGCACGUUACGACCGAUGUCGGUGCAAGUGUGGCAACGCCCGACCUUCAAGUGCAGCCGCCCACGGCGGUAUGA